AUGAUAGUCGAGAGGCUGCUGAAUGUACACCACGGCGGAUUGCCGAUUUCUUCCCUCGCCUUUCAGCCCCAUCCCUUGUUCGUGCAGGCGCAUGCAGCAGCAAACUGCAGCACCACCACCAACAGCAGCAGCAGCAACAGCAACAACAACAGCAAGACUGUAGCUGCAGCAGGAGGGAAGCAACGCCGCCAAACCACCACCGCAGCAGCAACAGCUUCCCAGCAAAAGCAGCAGACUGCCGCCGCAGCAGCAAAACAUGCAGCAGGGAGGCGUUACUGGAACUAUGAGCGCCUAGCAACAGCAGCAGCAGCAUCCGUAAAGAUAUGGGUAUUGCAUGCACACCAACCUCAUGAAAUAUCUGCAGCAGCAAGAAAUGCCAAGAGACAAGCAAGUCGUGCAGCAGCAGCAGCUGCUGCUGCUGCUGCAUCCCCGGCAAAGAAGGUGAAGACAGAUGUGCAGCAGCAGCAACAGCAACAGCAGGACGGUGCAGAGGAGAAGGCUGCUGCUUCACCAGCUAACAACAGCAAAAGCAGCAACAGCAGCAGCAGCAGCAGCAGCAGCCAGGGCGUUGCAUCUUCCGAGGGCGAGCUGAGUGCUGCUGACGCAGCAGGAGGAGCAGCAGGAGGAGCAGCAACAGCAGCAGGAGUAGCAGAAACGGGCCCAGCGGGCGGUUCCGCGGAGUCUGGUGCUGCAUUGAAGUCAUCAUCAGCAGCACGAUCUGCUGCUGCUGCUGCUGCAGCAGCAGCAGCAGCAGCACUAGAGAGACUAGGUGCUGUUGAUGGGGAGUUCCUGGCUACAUGCGACAGCAGCGGAGAGAUUCAUGUGUACACUCUAAGCAGCAGCGGCAGCAGCAGCAGCAAAACAAAAGUAACAGGGAAGAGGAAGCUGCGGCUGGCAUCUCCUCCUACCCAAGUGUCAUCAUCACAGCAGCAGCAACAGCAGCAGCAACAGCAGCAACAACAACAGCAAGGGGGUGCUGCAUCCAAGCCAGCACAGUCACCAAAUGCAACGAAAGGUGCAGCAAAUCCCUCCGCUGCUGCAGCAGCUGCAGCAGCUUCUGCCCAAUCAUCGCCGCAGCAAGGCAAGGUGAAGGGCAGCAAGGCAGCAGCAAAGGCAGCAGCAGCAGCAGAGAGCAGUCCACAAGCAGCAGCAGCAGCAGCAGGGAAAGCAGCAGCAAAGAAGGCAAAUGUACAGACCCCUGCGAAGCCUGGUUGCUGCCUUUGUCCCUUCUUGCGUCUGUCUCACCUUCCGCCCCCGGAGAGAAGCACAUUAAGCCAGCAGCAGCAGCAGCAGCAACAGCAGCAGCAGCAGCAACAAGAACAGGAACAGGAAGAAAUUGCUGCAGCAAUUGGUGCGACGGUCUACUCGGAGAAAUGGAAUCUUGUUAAGACACUCAAAACACCACAGUCCUCUCUACCUCAGACGAGCAGCAAGAAGCUGUAUUUGUGGCGCUGCAAGCCGCCUGCUGCUGGAGAAACAAAAUGGGUUAUCGAGGAGACAGCACAGCACGACAGUGUAUUAAGGGAAGGUCCUGAGGAUUCUCCUGUCUUGCGUAUUCCUUCCUUCUCUCUUACGGGGGAUUUACUCUCCGUCUCUCAUGCACAGCAGCAGCAAAGGCCAUUAGGUUGUGCCUUCGCUGUAGAUGCUAAUGGGUUAAUAGAACCGCAGAUGCCCCUCUUCUUCUAUGGACAUCAGGCACCCGUCAAAUCAGUUAGUUUUGGCGAUGGGAUGUUUGUGUCGGCUAAGAGGGGGAAAGCACCAGAGCGUCAUGUUAUGUACUGCCAAGCAAGUGAAGACGGAGUUAUCUCUAUAUGGCGUGUCUCGCUCAGCAGCAACAGCAGCAGCAGCAAUAGCAGCAGCAGCAGCAACGGCAACAGCAACAGCAACAACAGCAGCAACAACAGCAGCAAUAGUAGCAAUAGCAGCAGCAGCAACAACAACAGCUCUGCUAACACUAAUGGCAAGGGAAGUGCCCCCAAAACCAAGGCGCUGCAGCAGUCGCAAUCGCAGCAGCAAUCGCAGCAGCAGCAGCAGCAGCAGCAGCAGCAAGACACCGAAGAGCAGCACGGGCAGUGUGUGGCUAUUGUUACAAAUCUCCUUGAUGAGAACACCACCGUUCAAGGCUUCUCAUGGACGCGAGGCGGGUUAUGGCUGGCUGUUGCAUGCAGCGGCGGGCAUGUGGCGCUGGUGCGGCUGACAUCUGAGGAGACUAGCAGCAGCAGCAUGCGCUGCUGCAGCUCUUACGAUCAUUUUGCUGCAGCAGCACGUGCUGCUGCAGCAACGUCAGUGUUUGUCCCUCCUGAGCCAGGGUCUGCAGCAGCAGCAACAGCAGCAACAGCAAAUGGAAGCUGGACAGCGUGCCGCUGCUGCUGCUGCUGCUGCUUCUUGCACUCAACAUUCCCUCUAAGGAAGCCGAAGCCACGGCAGUUGCUUCCCAUUGCCGCAGCAGCAGCAGCAGCAGGAGCACCUCCGGAUGGAUCUCCUGCUGCUGCUGGAUCAGCAACAGCAGCAUCUUCUCCUGCUGCUGCUCCUGUACCUCUGCGGCUGCUGCAGCAAGAAACAAUUCUACAAAACGGCAUGAGGAGGAUAAGGCCUGUGCUGCUCUCUCGUGUUGGUGGUCCUCCUGUUGUUGCUGCAGCUGCUGCUCCUCCUGGUGCUGGUACGUCUGCUGCCCCCGCUGCAGCAGCACCAUGUGCAGAUUCUGAUGACAGUGGAGAUGCAGAGGAGUCUGCGGCUGGUGCCGCCGCAGCAGCAGCAGCUGAUGGUGCUGCAGCUGCUGCAGCGGAGGCAGCUGCCACGCCUUCCAAUGCUACUGCGCCUGCAGCAGCAACGGGAAGAGCAGCAGCUGCUGCAGGAGGGAAGACCCUUAGCUUUGUAGAACUCUUUUCGCGACUCUCAGCUGCUGGCAGCAGCAGCAGAUCGGAAGCAGCAGCAGCAGCAUCUGCAGCAACAGCACCUGAUGCUGGUAAAGAAGACACGGAUACUCCCUUACUAGAGGUAGCAAAACUGCAGCAAAACGGGCAGCAGCAGCAGCAGCAGCAGCAGCUCGAAGCAGCAGCUUCUUUUUGCAGCAGCCGCACCAGCACGGAGUCAGAUGAAGGGUUUAUUCUGCAGCGCAGCGGCAGCAACAGCAGCAGCAACAACACCAGCACCACCGAUGGCAGCAGAAACAACGACAGCAGCAGCAACAGCAGCAGCAACAGCAACAGCCUUGUGUACGCGUUGGCUUCUCCUGAUAUGUCUGCGGUGUACAGACAGCGAAAUACUUGGCAAGACCUGGAGAUGUUUAUUUCUUACUCGCGUGCAACAAAGGCAGCAGCAGCAGCAGCAGCAGCAGCAGCAGCAGAAGCUGCACCAUGUGGGGCUUCUGCUGUUUCUUGCUCAGCUUCGGCUAGCAGCAGCAGGAGCAGCAACGCUGCGCUUUUGUUCCAGCAGCAGCAGAUGCUGCUACGUAGUGUUGCUGCGGCGGUUGCCCAAAGGCACAGCAGCAGGCAGCAGCAGGACUCUCCGCCUGCAGCAGCAGCAGAAGCCGUACAGAAGCCGCUGUCUUCGGCCUUGGAUCAGGAGGGGGAGCAGCAGCAACAGCAGCAGCAUGAGCAGCACCAGCACGAAGUGGAGGUGGGUCCGCUUACGGGCUGCAGUAGCAGCAACAGCAGCAGCAGCAGCAGCAAAGGCAUCAGCACUUACAGCUGCGCCGACGGCUCACCCCGUGGAUCCAACCCGGUACCUAACAAUAGCAGCAGCAGCAAAAGCAGCAGCAACAGCAGCGGCAAUACUAGCAACAACUCUAGCAGCAACAGCAGCAGCAACAACAGCAGCAAGAGGGGGAGUGGAGGGGAUGGAGAUGACGGGGACGGGAGGGACAGAAGGAGACACUUAUUUGCAGCAGCAAAGACACCUGAAUGCUCAGAGGGAGAAGAUAGCGAGGCAGAGGAGGAAGAGCCACGUUCUGCUGCUGCUGCUGCUGCUGCUGCUUCUGCUGCUGCUUUUGAUGACCCCUCUAUCCCAUGGGAAGAAUGGAACCCCUUCGCGGUAAGGUACAAGCAGCAGCUGCUGCUGCUGCAGCGGCUGCAGCGGGAGGAGGAAGAGGAGGACGAAGCAGCAGAACAAGCAGAACAAGCAGCCAUCGCUGCAGCAGCAGCAGAGAGAAGCAACAGCAACAGCAGCAACAGCAGCACCGCUGACGAGACAGAGGCAGAACGCGAUACUCCUAGUACAAAUACACAGCAGCAGCAGCAGCAGCAAGAACAGCUUAGUGCUGUGAAAGCAGCAGCAGCAGCCCUUGCAGAGCCAAGAACCCCAAAGGAGAAACAGCAGCAGCAGCAACAGCAGCAGCAGCAACAGACUGCAGCUGAAGAUAAAGAGGACGCAGAUGAUGAUACUUCUCCUGCUGCUGCAGUCCCGCGCCCGCGGCCAUCAAAAGUAGCAGCAGCAGCAUCAAUAGCAGCAGCUGCUGCUGCAGCAAGUCCCAGGAAGACAGCAAAGGCUGCUGCUGCUGCUGCUGCUGCAGCAACAGGAACAGGAACAGCAGCAAAACCAGCAGCGCCUCCUCCGGAGAAGAGUUCUCGCUCACUGCAGGAGAGGCAUCAGCAACAGCAGCAACAGCAGCAGCCCCAGCGCUUGCUGCAACCCUUGGAACGGCUGCAGCAGCAACAGCAGCAGCAGCAGCAAGCUGGGUAUGUAGAUGUUCUACCUGCCCCCAAUAUAUUACCGUUCCUCCGUGCUUCCUUCUUUGUAAACGGGGAGGAGAGACGGGUGUAUGCAGUUAAUGAAACUUGUCGAGCUUCUAAGAGGCAGCGCACUGCAGCAGCAGCAGCAACAGCAGCAGCAGCAGCAGCAGGACUCAACGGAGAGGGCGCAUGUACCUCUUCAAGCGCGCCACCGUACCUUGUGUGCGUCUCUGUUACAAGCAGCAACAACAAUGGCUGCAGCAGCAGCAGCAGCAGCAGCAGUUUGGAGAUGCUGCAGCAUUCCCCCGCAGAGGAGGAGAAGGCAGAUGUUGCUGCUGCUGUCGUUGUCUCUACUAGAGGACACCAAGACACAGACAACAGACAGCAGCACCAGAAGCAGCAGCAGCAGCAGCAGGAGCUGCUGCUGCUGCAGUUGGUGUGCCUUUCUUCCGGUGUGCUGCUGUCCUUGCCGCUACUUAGCUGCCUCUCGGCCCGCACCGUUUCUUCGCUUGCCUUUACCCGCCUACAUGAGACCCCCAGGCAGCAGCAGCAGCAGCAACAGCAGCAGCAGCAGCAACAGCAACAGCAGCAGCAGCAGCAACAGCAACAGCAACAGCACCAGCAGGAGCGGCCACUGCUGCUGCUUGUGCUGACAACAGAUGCGUUUCUUUUGGGGUUGUCUUUAAGCCCUCUCUUCCCUCCGCUUAUCACCGAACAGCAGCAGCAGCAGAUAUCGCAUGCAGCAGCAGCAGUUGCAGCAGCUGCUGCUGUAGCAGACAGUAGAUGGGCCCCGCAGUUCGCGCUCUCGCUGCAGAGCCUCUGCUGCUCCGCAAUCCAGCAGCAGCAGCAGCAGCAACGGCAGCAGCAGCAGCAGCAGCAAGGGGCUGAUGCAGUGUCCUGGGUGGAUAUAUAUAGAGGCUGGGGGUCUCUUGCAUCUCUUUUUAAUCCCCCGUCAAGCAACAACGCAGCAGCAGCAACAGCAGCAGCAACAGCAACAGCAGCAGCAGCAACAGCAGUAGCAGCAACAGCAGACGAGGCUGCAGCAAAUGUACAGGAUCCAUCAGCAGAUCCUUCUUCUUUGCUGGCUCGUCUAUCUCCUGCUGCUGCUGCACCUGACUUCUUGCUGCUGCUGUUGGCGAUGAAAUCUGGUCGUGUCUUUGCUUGCCGCCUCCGCAGCAACUAUUCAAGCAACAAGUGUAGCAGCAACAGCAGCAGCAGCUGCAGCAGCAGCUUCUGCUGCUGCUCUAGUUCGCUACCUCUUGUUGCUGACGACUUCCGUAGAAUAGACGAUUUGGCCUUCGCGGCUUCCGACUUCUUCUCUCUUGUUUGUUGGGCUUCCCUUCAGCAGCAGCAGCAGCAGCAGCAGCAGCAGCGGCAGCAGCAGCAGCAGGGGACGGCAGCUGUUGCUGCUGCUCCUGCUACUGGCAAAAGGGUUAGCAGCAGCAAUGGCCUACUGCCUUUAGAUAACACAGCAGCAGGAGCAGCUGCUGCAGCACCAACAUCAACAGCAACAACAAUAGCAGCAACAGCAGCAGCAGCUGCUGCUGCUGCUUUACCGUCUACUGAUGAGUCAGAGGAUCUCCUCGAGCGAAUCCAACGCAACAGCCCAGCUCUGCAAGACGUCUGCAGCAGCUUUUGGCGCAGCAGCAGCAACAGCAGCAGCAGCAGCAGCAGCAGCACAGGUUUCCUGUGUCGCCUAGCGCAGCGGCUGUUAGCUGCUUCUUUGGGUUUAACAGCAGAAAGACUUUCUUCCUUAAGACAGCAAAGAGGAUUAGCUCUUAUACGCAGGUAUUAUAGCAAAGGGGCACUGCAGCCCGCAGCAGCAGCAGUAACAGCAACAGCAACAGCAGCGGGGGAGAAUACAGAAGAGGAGCAGCAGCUGGUGCAGCAGAAGCAGCAGCAGCAGCAGCACCAAUGCUGCAAAAUGCCGCCACUAGAAGUUAUGGGAGACAGCAGCGUGCGGUUGUCGCUGCAGCAUCUGCAGCAUCAGGUUCUGUGCGCGCUGCACUUGGGCUGUCCCCGCAGCUUCUCUAGGUGGCUGCAGCAGCUGCUGCUGCGGCUGACGGAGCUGCAGCAAGUGCAGCAGCUUGCUGCUAUUGUAGAUAUGUUUAUAAACACGGAGUUGCUGCUGCUUUCCCCAUGGCUUGUGCUGCUGCAGCAGCACGAGCAGCAUCUGCAGCAGCAAGCUAGCUCGCUGCUGCUGCCCCUAGGCUACCAAGAACUCCGCAGCAGUCUUAGUGCUGCUGCUCAGCAAGCAGCAGCGGCAGCAGCAGCAGCUGUUGCUGCUCCUGCUGCUGCUGCUGCUGCACCGGAAGCAGCAGCAGCUUUCUCAGGAGUUGAUUGGCGUGUAUGGACAGCAGCAGGAGCUGACGCAGCAGCAAUAGCAGCAGCAGCUGCUGCUGCACUUAAGAAUGUUGCUGCAGCAAUCACAGCAUCUAAUGAAGAAAACGAUGAUAUUAACUCGCGGAUGCAACUGGCGCAGGAAGCAGCAGCAAAGGCACAUGCUGCUGCUGCUUCUCUAGUAGCCACGCGAAGGAAGAUAUUUGCUGCUGCAGCUGCAGCAGCAAAGCUGCAGUGGUGCAGCGAGGAAGCAGUGCGGUGUAUGUACAGGUCCGAGCUGCUACGGGAGGUAACUGCUGCAGGACGCGCAGCAGCCGCUGCUGCUGAUGCAGAAGCUGCUGCUGCUGCUGCUGCUGAAGCUGACGCUGCAGCAGCAGCAGCAGCAGCAGACUCGGACGACCUGUUUGGCGGUAGCCCCGAGGACAUCUUUUAG